AUAGGACUUAAUGUUGAGGUUAUUGCGUGGUGUGGUUUUAUUUUAUCACUUUUUUCAUCAUAUUUUAUCACUUUGACUUUUUUAGGUGGUACUUACAGGUAAGUAUAAUUUCCAGAAAUGGCUAAGAGUAUUCGAUCAAAAUCAAAACGACGGGUACGUGCUAUUAAGCGUGAACGACUAGCGCCACGCGUAUUGAAGCGUUUGCAGGCAACUGUCUCAAACCUUGACUAUAAUAAAAUAAAGAUGGAAAUUAAUAACUCCGACUUGGCAGAUAAUUCUAAUGUGCAGUUUGCAAGGAUGGAAACUGAUGGUGAAAGCUUAAAUUUAAAGACGAUGAAAAAACCAGAUGGUUCGUAUCCGGUUUGGCUGAGCCAGCGAAAGAUAAAGAAGAAGAAGCGUGAACAAAAAAUUAAGCAAAAUGCGAAGAAGAGGAAAGCUCGAAGGAAUCGCUGAAUUUAGACUUUUUUAUUUUGCACCUUUCAAAUAAAAAUGUCAACUUAUUCUUUGUGUCAUUUUUCGCAAUACUUUAUCAUUGGUAGAUUAUCUAUAGGUCCCUUUAAAGCAUGUUAUUUAUUUCUAUGAAAUUUGCAGAUAAUACAUUGGGAAAGUUAAUCAUAUUUUAAAAUCGGAAUUAAUGUUAGAUUGUCACAAAUUCCUUAGGAACACUGAUGGAAGUUCUUGGCUGUUGAACUUAUAAGUAGAAAAACAAUAACAAAACAUUCCAGUUAUUGAAGUUAACUUCUGGAUGUGAGAAAUAUCCGGCUAGCAAUCACUUUUGUAUCCAUCUUGUUAUUUUCUCGUAUAUUUUGUUGAUAAUUAGAUUUU